UUUCAGAGUAUAAUCUGAAUCAUGAGUGUAUGUAUGCAUGUGUGCACCCUAUUGAACACCGACACAUAUGUACAUACAUAUAUAUAUAAUGUGUAUGUGUGUAUACAAUGAAAGCACUUAUAAAAAUGUCGUCAUUGAUUUUUACAAUAACUUUCCUUUGUUUAAAUUUAAAUAAAAUAAAAAAAAGAGAAAACAGCAUUCACUGAUGAUUUAUAUUCAAACAUUUCAGUAAAUACCAUAAAAAAAAUUUAAAAAGGAACUAACAAUAAAUGGAAAAAUUAAUAGAAUUAUUCUUUGAAUUGGAUAAAGAUAAUAAUGAAAUUGUUGAUAAACAAGAACUUAUCAAUUAUUGUCAAGCAAACAAACUGGAUAUGGAAAUGGUUAAUAGAUGGUUGUCAAGAUGUGAUACUGAUAAAAAUAACAAAAUCACAUUCGAUGAAUUUUGUCGAGGAUUUGGUAUUAAACUAAAUGAAAUGCGUGUAGAAAAAGUUGAAAGAGCUUUAAUAUGGGAUAACGUUACACCAGUAAAACAAACCAAUGUUAGCAUUAUUAAAUCAGUAAUGUCGGAAACGAAGCAAGCAAAAGUCAUUGAAAAAUUUGAAAAAUUGAUACAACAAUAUGGAGAUGAUGGAAAGAAUCUAGAUAAAGUUUCAUCAGAGCUAAAGAAAUUCUUAGAAGAAAGUUAUGGUAAUGUAUGGCAUGUGAUUAUAAUGACUGGUUCUUUUUGGAUGAGUUACUCUCAUGAACCAUUCUGUUCAUUACAAUUUAAAAUGAAUAACCAUUCAUGUAGUGUAUGGCGUACACCAUCUGGACAAAGAUAUAACUCUUGAAUUGACGAAAUUACUAACUUUUACCUAUAACUAUUAUUAUUGUUAUCAUCUUAACAAAAUUUUCCAAACCACGAUCCCUUAUGGUACAUAAUAAGCUUUACUCACUUCUUAAAUGUGUAUAUUUCUGAACAUGAACACUGAUUAUUCUAAUAUAUUCAACAUAAACCUGA